GAUGCUAUCCCGUAUUCGCGUGGAAUGGCAGGUUGUGCGCUCGAUGACGCGUGAUGAUCGCAUAAUCGGCGUACCGUAUUCACGUGGACAUCACUAGGUUUUCCGAACAAAAAAAAAGCGCGAAAAUGACACGUACAAAAACAGAGAAAAACGGGAACGGCGGCAAGUGCGAGGUUAGCGUGUGGACACGUGCGAUCACAGCGAAUUCCGAAUGGCCGGACAAGGAAGAAUUUCUUGACGUAAUAUAUUGGGCGAGACAAGCGAUCGGUAUUAUCGUUGGAAUAGGAUGGGGCCUUAUACCUUUAAAAGGUUUUCUAGCUCUAUUAUUAUUUGUAAUAGUCAAUGCAGGAAUUACGUAUUUAUACUUUAGUAGUUUCCAACAGAUAGACGAGGAAGAAUACGGUGGUAUGUGGGAGUUGACAAAAGAAGGAUUUAUGACUUCUUUUGCUGGAUUUUUGGUAACUUGGAUUAUCAUAUAUUCUGGAUUGCAUUUUGACUGAUUUAUAAUACAAAACGUGGGUAUAAAAGAGCAACAGCUUUUCACACAUGAAUUGUUGCUGCUGCCAAAUGUAUCAUACAUAUGUGCAAUAGGUAUCCAGUCUCCUUCCAUAUCAGUCCCAUGCAAUAGGUAAUCACACAAUGUUAUCGUCAUUGAUUCUUAUAUAUUGUUAUAUACAAUAUGAUGUAUCCAUAAAGAUCUUCUUACCUUCUCAA